GUUUACGUCUUCACACUUUUUUCACAGGUUUUCGUAAAGUUCGUGAAAUAUAAAAUCGAAUUAAUUAACCAAUUUUCUUUAAAUAAAUGUGAAUAUUGAAUUUAAAUCGUUAUGUUCAGCUCGUUAGUAUUAUCAACAUUCACCAGAACCGGUAACUGUUUGGCGAGGCGAAAUGCCUCGGUCGUUCUGCGGCAAGCACACAGAGCAGCGGUCCUGCACGAGAUCGGUAAGCCGCUUGUGCUGGAAACGGUGAAGCGUAUCGACCAGCUGAAGGAUGAUGAGGUCCGCAUCAAGGUGCACUACUGCAGUCUCAACUCGACCGAUGUGCAAAUCAUCACCGGAAAGCAUCCGGAGCUGCAGGUGCCUCUCCCGUUCAUUCCUGGUCACGAAAUUUCCGGGGAGGUGGUAGAGAUUGGAGGGAACAAUCCAAAUUUUCUGAAGCGAGGCGAUCGGGUGGUAGCCAUGAAUGACCUCCAGGAUCCGAACGGUGGGUUGAUAGAGGAGGUGGUUGUGAAGAACCGGGAUGUUUGGCAGGUGCCGACGGAAGUUCCUCUGAAAGAAAUGACCGUUAUGCCGUACGGACAUGGAACGGCCCUGUUGGCUUUUGCGAUGCACUGCCAGCUGCAGGAGAACGAUUUGGUCCUGAUAACGGCGGGCCCGGCGGGGAUGGGACUGGCUGCUAUUGAUCUGGCCGUUGCUGUUUAUAAAGCGAAGGUGAUUGCCAUUUGCGACACCGAGAGCAGUUCGGAUUUGGUGAGAGAGAAAGGAGCUUACAAGACUGUUAGUAUGGGCAAGAACUAUACGAAGCUGUACAAGAACAUCUCGGACGCGAUGGGAGAUAAGAAAGCAAAGGUGGCGUACGACGCGGUCGGGAAAGGAUUGCUGCAUCUGCUGGCAGAUUUCGUUGAUCCAGAAAAGGGCCAGAUGUUUUCCGUGGAUCCGUUCCACAACCAGGCGAAGCUGAAAGCGUCGAAGCCGGAGUACGAACUGCCGAAGAAGAAGGAACGUACCGAACAGGACGUGCAGAAUGCCGCCAAACUGAUCGAUAACGUGGUGCACAUUGACCUGUACGAGCAUCCGGACGAAGACGUCUACCGGCAAAUGAUUUCGGACACAAUCGAGAUGAAGUCCCAGAGGAUGGUUUCCGGGUACAUUAGCAAGGUGUUCCUGCUGAAGAGCGUCCAGAAAGCGGUGGAGUUCAUCCAGCAGAAGCAGUGCACUGGAAAAGUACUUAUCGACGUCAAGUGCUUGGACGAUGAUGACUGCGAGGAUGCAGAAGCGAAGAAAAAGGACUAAUGGUGUAUAACUAGUUCCAUUGUCCAAGAAAAUUGUAUAUGAAUUAUGCUUUUCAAAAUUUUGUUUUCGUAUAAUUUAACUGUUCUGUUUGUUCAAUGCAACUAAUGUUAGGAAUAAUAAACAAUUCACUAAAAAACCAAA